AUGUCCACUUUUCAAAUUGGUCUCAAGUCGGUUCGAGCCAGACCGAUAGAGUCUCGUACAGCCAUGGAGGCGCAUGAUACGCUGACGCCAAUGGAAACGAUCGAAGGUAAAUCUAAGAGUUCAUGCAAGUUGCAACCGCCAAGUCUCAAGCGUAUUGUGCUCAACCCACGCGCUUACAUGAUGCCAUUUGUGCUAUUUAUCAUUUUUCACGAUCUGCCCAUGUUAUUGGCCUUUGGAUUCAUUGACAAGCCCGAAGGUUACAAUAAUUGCGACAGACUGCAGGAUCUUUUUUUAUGGCUACGUGUGGCAUUUAUCCUUCACUUAAUCUUAGCUUGUAUGAUGCUCACGAGUGUUGUCUAUACUCUUACAACUCGCGUCUAUCACGAACGUCGACCAGAGGGCUGGUUGAUUCUAAGUAUAUUUGUGGGCUAUUGGGUAAAUCUCGGCUGGUCACUCUAUGGUGAGGCUGCAAUGCGUGUUGAUACUAGCGUCUGUGGUGACUUUAAUUGGGAGCAAAUUCAGGACCGUGCUGACUCAAUUAGCUACUUUCAACACUUUGAUUUUGUUUUUUCAGUAGUUAUUGUCAUGGUCGGUGCCUGCACGUCGUAUAUGUGUGGUGUUCAUAGUGGAGAUGAUGCUGCUGAAGCAGAAAAGCGCUGGCAAAAGCGCUGCAUGUGUUGUUUUCACGCUUUUACGUGUCAUAAAACGGUCGAAUAUGAAGGGGAUGAUGACGUUUUUGAAACACUAGGACGCGUAUUAGGCAAGUUUUUUGUCGUGCGAUACAAGACGAACCGAUACGAAGGCUUAAGUUUUACUGAUUUAAAAUUUAGUCUGGAUCUCGUGUCAAAAGUGCAGAAGAAAGAACGGGAGCUUGAGACAGAAAAGAAAGCUCAAUUGGCUGCACAAGGCAUCCCGACUGUCCAGCACUUUGCACCAGAAGAAGAAGAAAAGCGAUUAAAUGACUUGGCGUUCUAUUGUCGAUUGGCUAUCGGUAUUUAUGGUUGGCCCAUUUACGUCUGGUACUCGCCGUGCUAUUGGUUUCAUAUCUUUGGGUGUUUUAAGAAACCUCAAGAAGAACAAAUCUUUGAGCACGACAACUUUCUUCACGGUAAUCGUGCUACUUUUGUUAGGUACACAGGUGUCAAGGAUUCCGAUCUCGUGUAUCUUAAUUGCUUUAAUUUUGUGUUUCAAGCUCCAUAUUGUAUUGUCAAGGACAAAACGCGCAAAGAACUCAUCAUCAGUGUACGCGGUAGUAUGUCCUUUUAUGAUUUUGUGACAGAUGGAUUGGCUCAGAUUGUGCGCAUGGAUCCAAAUGAGCUUCCAGAUGAUAUUCCUUACUCUUUUGACACACGGACGCACUAUGGCAUGUUACAAACAGCACGUCAAAUCUUUAAGAGCCUUCAAGAAGAUACGCGCAAGACUGUUUUUUGGGAUUUUGCUAUGGCUCAUUGUAGUGUAAAAGAAUCUACAGCUGACGAAUCAACAGAUUGGAAAAUAGUAGUUUGUGGUCACUCGAUGGGUGCUGGAGUUGGAUGUAUCCUUGCAAUUCUACUUCGCAAGGUCUUUACUGAAACAAAAGCAUUUCUAUAUGCCGUACCGCCACUUUUUGAUCCAGAGACAGCUGCAUGGACAAAACAAUUCGCCACCACUGCUGUCUAUGGCGAUGAUAUUGUCCCACGUCUAUCGAUUGCUAAUAUGACACGAUUACGUGAUGAAAUGGCCGUGCAAUAUGACGCUGUAGCCAAUGAACCUCUUUACAAAGUCACGUUUGGCAUCCAUGAUAAGUUAAUCAAAUCACAACAAGAACGUCAAGCUUCAGCAGAUUCCGUGUCAGAAAGUGACGCGGCUGUUUCAAGGUUACCUACUGUGCUGGAAACUGCCAAUUCUUUUCAUACUGGCAAUUCGACGGUAAGCUCGGGGUCGUUUCUUAACAAUUCGUCCAUGGGUUUGCCUACACCAACCGAUUUUGGGUCAACUCGCAAUGUGAUAACUCGCCCUUCGCGUGAAUUGAGCAACAAUACGAUGAUCUCGCUGCCUCAGGAAGACUCGAGUCAAGAAGUAGAUGUUCCUGGAGAAAUCGUUCACAUUCAAACAGUAAAAAUGGCUCGUCGGUGUGGCUGUACCGUGUUUCUGGGUGAACAAAAGAUGCAAUACACAUUGCAAGAUGCGAGCUACUUUCGCCGCAUUUGGGUCACACCGCGCUCGUUGCAAGAUCACAUGGUGCAUCACUAUGACCGUAAGAUCCGAUACCUUGUGACCGAUUGCAUGGACUUCGAGACUCCUGUGGCUGCUCAUCGUCCUAGCGUUAGCGCUCGAGUUUCGUGGGUCGAUGAUACUGAUCACGACAACAGGGGCAACACACCUCAGACAGACUAUGAGAAAAUUGAGACUGUCGCUUAG